CUGUGGAUUCCAUUUUGUUGCCAUUCAGACGGAGUCGUGAGAGAGUGAAACGGCGUCGUACGGCCACUGUUCAACAACAAAUAAGCUUCGAAGGCGACGGGGACUUUGUAGGAACUAUAGCUCGCUGUGCUUCCUCACAUAGUCCGCCGAGGGACCGCAAAAGGCUUAUCGCAUAUUUUCUUGGGACGAAGGGCUCUUCAACAACCAAGCCUGAGGAAGUAGCAGUCGCUGCGAUGACGCACUCUGAAAAUACACGUCCCACUGGUCUUUUUGGAGUAUCGUGUGCCGAGGUGAAUUGAUGUUCAGCUCGGCUCUACGGGAAAACAACGCUCAUUGGCACAUGACAACUUCAGACCUUGCUGGACACAGAAGUACAGCGAGAAGUAGACAGAUAACUACUUCGAGGACCUGGGGCCCGAUUGCUGGUGAACGAUUGAAGAGAGAUCUCUGGUGCACCAACUUUCUGACAACAAAGAGGUGACACAUAGUGCAGAAGCAGUAUGGGAGGUGGAGAGAGAUACAACAUUCCAGUGUCCCACCCUGAGCGCCCUUUGCCCAAGAAGAACCACCAGCUGGGCCGGGCCAAGCAGAGGAGCCGUGACCAGAACGGAGCAGCAGCAUCGGCAGGGGGGGCGGGCGGCCUUCACCACCACAGCCACCGCCGGAGCGACAAGGUCGCCACCUACCACAGGUUUCCAGAGGCGCGGCAGGCCGUGUCUGCAGAAAAGAACCCUUCUGUCCGCUUUGCCACCAACUAUGAUCAGAACUGGGAGGGUGUGGUGUCUCACCUCAACACUCUCCUUGCCACGCAGGGGAGUCCGAGCUACGCAGGGCCCAAGUUCAGCGAGCCACCCUUGCCCAGUGUGUUGCCCAAGCCCCCGAGCCACUGGGUGUCCUUCCCAAUGGGCGCCUGUGACAACCGGGAGAUGAUGGCCUUCCAGCUCAAGAGUCUCCUCAAGGUGCAGGCCUGAGAGGGGGUACCCACACAUCGAAAAGCCCCAUGUACGAACUGGGACUCUCUUGAGGGCACCCACCCACCAGGAACACCUCAGUGCUGUAAUACUUUUAGCUGUUUUUAAGAUUGACCUCUGUGUUCGGAGGCAUUUCCAGCAACUUUUUUGCUGCGAAAUGUGAAUUCAACACAAUAUUAAGCUUAUGUUUCUAGAUAUUACAGCCUUGGAGCCUUGCUGGUCGGUAACGCCUUUUUUAGUGGUCAGUUUCUGUGACUAAUGACAAACUGGAUAUCCCUUCUACUUCUUUGUUUUGUUCUUUUUAAUGUUGGCUAUCGAAGCAGAUUGAGUGUUCUGUUUCCCCCGCAAACAACGGUUAUAGUAUCGGUCAGGUAAAUUCCCACCACUUUUACGGUCCAUUUCUGUGGACAGGCAUGCUUUUUCAGUUGCAUAAGUUUUAUGAUGAGCCUUUAGGGUCACUUCUAAAGCGUCAGGUGCUAAAGCAAACUCGCAUUUGUAGCAACUUUUUUUGUGUCUAGGGCCAACUUUCUUUUCUUGUGUACAACAAUCCUUGUUUGUGAUGGAAAGGACACUCAAACUGCAAUUCUGCAGGGAAAAAAGCUUUCUUACUGGAUACGCUGUACAGUACAGUUCAAAAGUAUAACCUCAAACUGAAGGGUAAUAAGAGACCAUGGCACACCGGCCUUGGACUGUCAACUCCUGUACCUUUUUUUAUUGCGCUGUGCGCACAUGCACUAUAGGAGUUGAGCUCGUCUGAGGCCGAUCACUCUAUCAUAGCAUUAUUUUGUACAAGUCCUUUUAUUGUGGUUGAAAGAUAUAAGAAGUGCUGUGUAACCAAAGCAAUGUUUUUGCUGUAUGUUCUUUUCGUUUUUUGGACAUUCUCUACGUGGUCGGCAUUGUUGUCGUUGCCACUUAACCCAUACGAGCCUGUGUGGAAAAUGAGUCACUUCUAACUUCAUCUGUCUCAAUAAGCACUGUUAUUGCUCCUCAGUCUCUGCCUUUUCAGGACAGCGCUGCAGCUUAACAACGUGGAAGAGGGCCAGGCUUAGUAGUGAGGGCUGUUGAGUUUCACUUUCUAAGUCAUGUGACAUGGUCCUGUUAAACUGUAUGCAUUCCUAAGCAAGGUAGUGCGGAGGAGGAGGGUUUCUGAAGUGGUGGCCCCAAAGUACUCAACAUGAAGCGAGGUUGGUGUUUGUUUACAAAAUAGGUUUUCGUAGUUGACCAUCCCAUAAUCGACAGACACUUUCUGCCUCUGUGUUUAUCCUCUUGCACUGCAAUCUGACAAGUUUUUAAUAAGUUACAGGCCAGGAUGCUAUUGAAAUGAUGGAGGCGUAAUUGACUAUCUCCCUAUGGAUUCUCUAUUUUUAUUUUAGUUUGACUCAUUUCUCUAGAGACUUUUUUUGCUUUCCCCUUGCAGAAUUGGAGCUGUUUAUUGCCAGCCUAAAGAUGACAAAACAAAGUAUGAGAGCUUGUGUUAGAGCCAUGUAAAUAAUGAAAUGUAUAAAGUACUUGUAGCAUAUGUACAUUUGCAGGCCGAGUUUGAGGCCUGUCUGACAAAAGUAUUUUUAGUAAUAACACUGAAUGUAUAAGACAUGCUAAGGACGUGUCUUGACUUCAAUGUCUUGACUUCAAUACUGAAGAAUAUUUUUGUUAAAAGCUGCAAAUAGCAUUUCUCAGUACCCCUACACUGUUAUCUUUCCAGAGAUAUUGCACAUAUUUUUUAUUGUUUUGUAUUAUGCAGUGUAGGGUGAAAGAUGCUUAGUGCGAAUUAAGUAAAACUGCAAAACACCAAUUGGAUCCUAGAGGAGACUUGCCUAUGUAUGAAUUAGUUCUGAAUGUUCUUACAUUAUGUAAGUGAUGUUUUUUAAUCUCGAGUUGACCUGUUUGUGCCUAAGUUGAAAUCCAUGCUGAAACUGAUUAUGUUCAUUUGGUGGUAACGCCACAAGUUGACUAAUGUUUUUCAUCAGAACCAUCUUCAAUUGUCCACUGUUCUUCCGCCAGCUGACAAUUGAACUUGGCCUAAUGCUGUUAAGUUCUUACUAUUGGUUGUUCAUGUAAAAAAAAAAAAAAAAAUUUGCCCAUGAGUUGUGCAUGGCAGUCUCCUUACUCUAAAUUUGAAAUGUGUAAUGAAUUGGCUGUUAAUUUGUCCCCCUGAAAAAAGUCACCGCCUAUGGAAAGAAAAUGCCCCACUUUGUAUCAAUUGGUUUUUAAAAAAAAAGCAAAUGUUUAAAGAAUGCACUCUGUGAAACAAUUGACAUUUUACAAAAAGAAAUAAAUCCCUUUCCCUUCCCCCCUA